UCAACCAUAAGCUAGUAAAAACUAACAAGAUGAUUGGUGACAGCAGCAACCUUGGCCGCCUACUUCCAGGCUUUCUCUCAUGUAUAUCGUUUUUCUUGUUUCUACUAUCUACCUCGUCAUUAUCAUGUCUAGCAGUGAUGACUGGAGAGAGAACAGAUCAAUACCUGCCCGAGAAUAAGAUUUCUUAUCGAAAUAGUAAUGAUAAUUAUAACAAAUUAAGUGUGUACAUUAUAUACAUGGGAUCAGUGCCAUCAGCUUCAACUUCACAGCAACAUACCCAGGCAAGGAGAGAAACAUCUAGCAGCUUGAGAGAACACCACCUAAAGCUUCUUGCUUCAUUUUUACAAGUAGACAGGAAGGUGAAGCAGUCGAUACACUAUGGAGCAGCUGAAGCAGAGAAGAGGCUGGUGCACAGUUACAGCCAUGGAUUUUCAGGAUUUGCUGCCCGUUUGACAAAAGAAGAGGCCACUCGAGCAAAAAGCUCAUCUAGCUCAUCAGUUGUUUCUGUGUUUGUAGACCCUGUCUUUCAGCUCCACACCACUCGAUCUUGGGACUUCCUUCAGCUUCAAACUGAUCUUAUAAUUAAUAGUAAGAACUACGAUCAGCAUGCUACUGCUACUGCAAAUCUACAUGACCAUCAUCACGAUUCAUCAGUGAAGCCCACUGCGACUGACGACCUAGGAGUGGACACCAUCAUUGGUUUACUGGAUACAGGUAUAUGGCCAGAAUCCGAAAGUUUUAAUGACAAAGGCAUGGGACAGAUACCAUCCCGGUGGAAGGGAGUGUGCAUGCAAGGACAUGAUUUCAUUGCUUCCACCAACUGUAACAGAAAGCUGAUAGGAGCAAGAUACUACAAUGAUAGUACUGAAGAUGAGCAGCAGAACUCACCAAGAGACAUGAUUGGUCAUGGAACCCACACUGCGUCCACUGCUGCUGGCGCAUCUGUUGCUGGUGCAUCCUACUACGGCCUCGGUACAGGGACAGCAAAGGGUGGGUCCCCUGGAUCCAGGAUUGCUAUCUAUCAGGUAUGCACAUCCAGCGGAUGCCAUGGCUCCUCCAUCAUGGCUGCAUUCGACGACGCCAUAGGAGAUGGUGUGGAUGUAUUGUCGUUGUCCCUUGGGGCGUCUGCUUUCAUGAGGCCGGAUUUCUCUUCCGACCCCAUAGCAAUUGGAGCUUUCCACGCUGUCCAAAAGGGUAUCAUCGUCGUGUGUUCCGCAGGAAAUGAUGGGCCCACGUCGUCUACUGUAGUAAACACUGCUCCAUGGAUAUUAACUGUUGCUGCUACCACCAUUGACCGUGAUUUGGAGUCUGAUGUCAUCUUGGGUGGUGUAGGUGAUGCUGCAAACAAAGUCAUCAAGGGCGAAUCCAUAAAUUUCUCUAAUCUGAAAAAGUCCCCAGUCUAUCCUUUAAUACAUGCAGGCUCAGUAAAAUCAGAUUCAAGCUCUGAAGAUGAAGCGAGAAACUGCAACCCUGAUUCACUGGAAUCGAGGAAAAUAAACGGAACAAUUGUGGUGUGUGAGCAUUCUGAUUCGAGCUACACAAAAAAGGAAAAGAUGGAGGAAGUGAAGGAGAAGGGAGGAAUAGGAUUGGUUUUGAUCGAUGACUUAGAAAGAUUUGUUGCUUUCCCUUAUGGAGCUUUCCCAUUCACUGUUGUCUCCUCAAGAGAAUCCACUGAAAUUCUCUCUUAUAUCAACUCCACAAAAAAUCCGGUUGCUACGGUUCUGCCAACUGUAACUGUGACCAAAUAUAAGCCAGCGCCUGCAGUAGCCUACUUCUCAUCAAGAGGACCUUCUCUUCAGACAAGCAAUCUUCUCAAGCCAGACAUUGCCGCACCAGGUGUGAAUAUUCUAGCAGCAUGGAUAGGAACUAAUGAUACCUCAGAAGCUCCAGCUGGCCAGAAACCAUCCCCAUUCAACUUGCUCUCAGGAACUUCAAUGUCGUGUCCACAUGUAGCUGGAAUUGCUGCAACAAUCAAAGCAAGAAAUCCCGGCUGGAGUCCUUCUGCUAUCAGAUCAGCUAUUAUGACAACAGCAACUCAGACAAAUAACGAGCAGGCCAUGCUUGCAACAGAUUCGGGUUCCACAGCAACACCUUAUGAUUAUGGUGCAGGGGAAGUAAACCCAUCAGGAGCAUUGCAACCUGGUUUGGUUUAUGAAACCGAUGCAGAUGACUACUUGUUGUUUCUGUGUAACUACGGAUACAAAGUUUCCGAAAUCAAACUCAUCUCCUCAAAUGUCCCAAAUGGAUUCGACUGCCCAAAGAAUUCUAGCAAGAACUUGGUCUCCCAGCUCAACUACCCUUCCAUUGCCAUUUCCAAACUCAAUGGGAAACAGAGCAAGAAUGUCAUAAGAACAGUCACAAAUGUUGGACCUGAGGAUGAAACUAGUUACACGGUUACGGUGAACUCACCACAAGAGGUGGAAGUGAAAGUGGUACCCUCGAAGCUUCAGUUCACAAAAAGCAGCAACAAGCAGAGCUACCAAGUGAUCUUCUCAUCAUCUUCUUCGGUGACACGUGAUCUCUUUGGAUCGAUAACAUGGAGUAACGGGAAGUAUAAGGUCCGAACCGCAUUUGUAAUUGCCACAAGUUCCUGAACAAGCGAAAAUAUUGUCCACUACCAUAGCAAGUAACGGGAAGUAUAAUUUUAAUUGUUCAGUUUCCCGGAAGCCUGAUCUGCAUUAGCAAUAAAAAUAAUAGCAAGUAAUACGCUUCACACCAUGAAAUACUUCUCAGUCUUAUGACAUCUAAAUUACCCACAAUAUUUAUCAUCACAGAAUCAAACAACAAACCUGUUUGGACUGUCUAAUCUUUUUUCGCCAAAAUUAAAGAAGAUUCAGAAUCACUGUAUAGGCACAAGA